AUGUGUUUCGGUUCAUCGAGCAACAAGCAGGAUGAUUCUCCGCCGCCGCGCCGAGUACCAUAUGGCAACGAAGCCUAUGAACAUUACAGAUAUGAAAAAGACUACGAGAAGUAUCUGAAGAAACAAAAGAAGCGCCGCUCGAAUAAUGCUACCAUUGCUGCAUGUGCGGGAGCGGGAGCGGCGAGUGGAUGUGGAGGCGGUGGUGGGUGCUAG